AUGCUCAGGGCUACUGAGGAAGACAGUCAGAGUGUUACUGAGGAAGACGGUCAGAGGACUACUGAGGAAGGCAGUCACAGGGUUACUGAGGAAGACAGUCAGAGGGCUACUGAGGAAGACGACAGUCAGAGGGCUACUGAGGAAGACAGUCAGAGGGCUGCUGAGGAAGACAGUCAGAGGGCUGCUGAGGAAGACAGUCAGAGGGCUACUGAGGAAGACAGUCAGAGAGCUACUGAGGAAGACAGUCAGAGGGCUGCUGAGGAAGACAGUCAGCGGGCUACUGAGGAAGACAGUCAGAGGGCUACUGAGGAAGACAGUCAGAGGGCUACUGAGGAAGACAGUCAGAGGGCUACUGAGGAAGACAGUCAGUGGAGAACUGACGAAGACAUACAUAGGUCUACUGAGGAAGAUAGUCAGAGGGCUGCUGAGGAAGACAGUCAGAGGGCUACUGAGGAAGACAGUCAGAGGGCUACUGAGGAAGACAGUCAGAGGGCUACUGAGGAAGACAGUCAGAGGGCUACUGAGGAAGACAGUCAGAGGACUACUGAGGAAGACAGUCAGAGUGUUACUGAGGAAGACGACAGUCAGGGGGCUGCUGAGGAAGACGGUCAGAGGGCUACUGAAGAAGACAGUCAGAGGGCUGCUGUGGAAGACAGUCAGAGGGCUGCUGAGGAAGACAGUCAGAGGGCUACUGACGAAGACAGUCAGAGAGCUACUGAGGAAGACAGUCAGAGGGCUGCUGUGGAAGACAGUCAGAGGGCUGCUGAGGAAGACAGUCAGAGGGCUACUGAGGAAGACAGUCAGGGGGCUGCUGAGGAAGACAGUCAGCGGGCUACUGAGGAAGACAGUCAGAGGGCUACUGAGGAAGACAGUCAGAGGGCUACUGAGGAAGACAGUCAGAGGGCUACUGAGGAAGACAGUCAGUGGAGAACUGACGAAGACAUACAUAGGUCUACUGAGGAAGAUAGUCAGAGGGCUGCUGAGGAAGACAGUCAGUGGAGUACUGAGGAAGACAUACAUAGGUCUACUGAGGAAGACAGUCAGAGAGCUACUGAGGAAGACAGUCAGAGGGCUGCUGAGGAAGAUAGUCAGAGGGCUGCUGAGGAAGACAGUCAGAGGGCUACUGAGGAAGACAGUCAGAGGACUAUGGCUUAUGGCUUAAUGCAUCAUGAGGGAGACAGUAUAAAUCAUCCUGAGCAAAAUAAAAGCAUCAGGCGUGCCUGA